CAACUGUUUGAAUUCUAUACUGUAAGCGGAUAUUACGUGUACUUUUUAAAAUUCAACCGACAACCUUGGAAACUGUGCUUUUCAAUGUGUUUAUGUGGUAUUUUAGUGACAGACGUAGGUGGUUUUAUUUAAAGUCUGAGUUAAAUAUGUAUUUAGUGUACUGAGUGUUUGCGUUAGUUUUGAGAGUUGAAAACUUUGGAAAUCGGAUCUCGGUCCGUGGGUCUGUCAGUCCCAGGGUCUAGUCGCAGUUGUGUCACACGUCUAUGUGUUUUCAGGGCAUGGUGUGCGUAGUGAAGGAGAACAAUGAGUCGUUGUGCAUGUGUGUGGUGCGCGACUUGUCGCAAAGAAGCGAAGGCUCAUUGCAACCCAUUACACUGCGAGUGCCUGCGUCGACCUCGGUGCGAGAGUUUGUACAACAGGUAGCAAACCGCUUCAACCAUGAGCCCCCGUCGGUGGAACUCAUUCUCUCCCUCCCUACGGGCGGUGAGAUUGUACUGAAGGAGUCGUCUGAGGAUACACUGGAAUCCAGUGGUGUACGAGCAGAUGGUUCUGUGCGCAACACUUUUGUGCUGCAAACUCUGACCACACCAGAGCCUCGGAGUAAUGAUGAAGAGUUGCGAGUUGGAGCAUCGGCUUCCCCCACUACCUUUGAUUACUCCACCUCCACCACUAACACGACCAACACUGUGACAACGGCCAGCCAGGAAUCUUACAGUGCUGGCCUAAUCAAACAUGACGUCGGCUAUGUCGGUCUGGUGAACCAAGCGAUGACAUGCUAUCUCAACAGUCUACUGCAGGCACUGUACAUGACCCCAGAGUUCCGUAACGCCCUGUACAACUGGCAGUAUGACUCAACCAUCAACGGUCACCAGGCUAAGUGUAUUCCAUAUCAGCUGCAGAAACUGUUUGUCAACUUACAGACAUCCAUCAAAACUGCAGUGGAGACGACAGAGUUGACACGCAGUUUUGGCUGGGACUCGAGUGAGGCCUGGCAGCAACACGACAUCCAGGAGUUGUGUAGGGUUAUGUUUGACGCCCUGGAGCAAGUGUUCAAAGACACAAAUCAAGCUGAUCUGAUUGAUAGGCUUUACCAAGGUAAAAUGACAGACUAUGUGAAAUGUCUGGAAUGUGGUAAGGAGAAAUCAAGAGAAGACACAUUUUUAGAUAUUCCGCUGCCUGUACGUCCCUUUGGUAGCACCGUCGCCUACGGAAGUGUGGUGGAAGCCCUCCGAGCAUUUGUCCAGCCCGAAACCCUUGACGGAGCCAACCAGUACUUCUGUGAGAACUGCAACAAAAAAUGUGAUGCACACAAGGGGUUGAAGUUCACAAAGUUUCCUUACCUUCUCACUCUUCACCUGAAGAGAUUUGACUUUGACUACAACACCAUGCAUCGAAUUAAGCUGAAUGACAAAGUUACCUUCCCAGAAUUGCUAGACUUGAACAGCUUCAUAGAGCAGGGAGGGGGAGAAGAGGUUAGCAACAGUGAGGGGUUGCCUGAAGAGCUGACUGUCAGCCGCUGUGACGACAGCAGCACCACGGACAGUGGCUCUGCACUGGACGACGAGAGUUGUCAGCCCAAUCAGGAGAUGACAAACACAGCAGAUAUCAACCAGGACGAUGAUGAAGGCAUCGAUGUGAGUGGCGGCAGUUCUAAUCACGUGGAGAAUGAGAAGAACAGACGUCACGGACUGCCCAACGGACCGUACGUGUAUCAGCUGUUCAGCAUCAUGAUACAUAGCGGCAGUGCUAGCGGUGGACACUACUAUGCCUACAUCAAGGACUUCUCCAACGGCGACUGGUUCUGCUUCAACGACACCAGUGUUACUAGGAUAACCAAUGAUGACAUAGCCAAGACGUUUGGAGGUGGUGCUCUGAGGGGUUACUACAGUGGUGCCUACAGCUCCAGUACCAAUGCCUACAUGCUCAUGUAUAGACAGAUCUCUUCUGACAACUGUAAUGCUGUCAGAGUUGAGGAUUUCCCUGAACACAUAAAGGAUCUUCACAGAGAGCUGCAGGACAAGUAUGACAUGGACCGAAGAUUGAAGGAGAGACACUCUGAGAUGUCUACGCUGAAAGUUCAUUGUCAUCAUCCUACCAAGGGACUCACAGAUGCCAAGGUGUAUGUUCACAAUGACACCUCGCUCUACGAAAUCACCACCGAGGCCUACAAUGUUUUGAAGCUGAGUGGACAAGUAGACAGAGCAAACUGUCGCUUGGUGUGUUACAACCCGAUACAAGACACGAUUGACGUCAGUUUCGACGAAAGAGAGAAAGAGACUCUAGCGGAGAUAAUGGCCACACAGAAAAUAGAAGAUUUGCUUUUGGAAAUCAAAGAUGAUGACGAGGAGUUUGAAGUCUACCAUCCUGGUUGUGUAACUGUGAAAAUGCACAUUAUCGAUUUGGAAAAAGAAGAUGUUCCGGAGGGCUCAAUUCCGUUCCGCAGUUCUCUGACGAGCACGGUGGGAGAGUUGAAGAAUCUGAUUGCUACGUGUGACUCAGUUGACAUCAAGCCAGAGGACAUAGUGUUGGUGGUCGAACGCUACACUAACUACCAUCUGCUGCUGGAGGACGACACGCAAACUCUUCAGGACGCUGGCUUGUCUUCUUGUAAUAGGAUGUACGUGAGCCGAGGUCCAGUAGAGAAGCCGUUUCUCUCCUCACGGUUGUACAGUCUGAUUGAUAGGUUUGAACAUGUCAUCACACUGCACAUCGCACUGCCGGCCACCGACCCAGAAACUCUGGCCAGGUUAUCAAUACCUCCCCUCAGUUCAAAUCAGGAUUCCAGCAACAAACAAGGAGGGGAUGCAGUCAACUCACAAGACAAAGUGAGUGGAGCUGGAGUGACAGUGGCGGGGCCAGGGGGGGGCUCCAAGAGCAGCUUGUCUCUGCCAUUGGUAGUGGGGGGUGGCGGGGCGUCUGGGGAUGAGGACCCUACGACAGCAGCCGCCACUCACAGUGACCAGAGCACCAGUGAGGACAGCAGUCUUACAGACAGCGACAGAACUCUAAUCGGUGACGUCCAAGACGAGUGUUUAAGUGAUGGAGUUUCUCCUCCAGAUGAAAUGGCAAACCCCCUGCCGGCUCCGGAGUCUCCAGGGAGUGGUGGGGGAGGGGGGCAGGAUGCAGGAUAUCAGGAGGAAAAUUGGGAUGAAGAUGUAUCUAGUCAGCCGCGGCCCAAGCAGUACACAUACUUCAGGGCUGUGUCGUACAAAAGUCGAGGCAAAAAAAUUUUGAAGGUGUCAGUCGACAAGCGGAUGUCCAUUGAUUCCCUCAAGACCCGACUGGAGCCGUUCUUGGGAGUGUCGGCAACGUGUUUCAAACUUUACCGCAACACAGGCAACUCAGAGUAUGAGACACCGCGUGUGCGACAGUGUGACUCUCUCAGUAGUCUGCACAACAAGGACCAGCUGCGCGUGCAGCUUGGCCGGCAACUGUCUAGUGACGAACACAAAGUGCAGGUCUACCUGCUCACGCUCAACACUCCUCAGCCUGUUAAGUACCUGUGUGAGUGGAUCGUAGCCAAAGGUGGAACUGUCGGCCAGUCCAAGAAAGAACUUAUCGAAUACCUGAACAAAGUUCAAAAUCUCAAUCUGGAAUAUAACAGGUGUCGACUGAGGAAAAAGAACUGGAAGUGUGUUGGGAGAGUGUACCAGGACAGCCAGAUCUGGGUGGAUGACAUAACUUUGUACAGCAACGGAGACAUCAUUCUACAAAAGCUAGAUGAAGACGAGGUAGUGACUGCGGAUUCGCAGGUGUGUCUGUUUGUGCGACAUUGGCAUCCGUCCACGCUCACACUCGACCCCUUCGAGGAAAUAGUACUGAACAGCUUCUCCGUUGAAGAGCUUAAAGAGAAGUUGUCACAGAGGAGCAAUAUCCCGUUGGAGCAGGUGGAGUUUGCUAAGCCGUCUGGGUUCUUCCCUUGCGACAUGUCAGUGUUGAGUAUUCAAGACAUUGACUGGAACCCCAAGGUCACAUCACUGGAGGGAUGGCCCUUGCAGAUCAGUGAUGACGGUGGAGUUAUCUUCUACAGGGACAGCACGGAGGAGCUGAAAGCCCUGACGCCUGAGGAGCGAAGUGAAUUGACGACUAAGGAGACACAGCGACUAAGUGGCUCCAACUCAACCGUCUCCUCGUACAGCCCGCGCAAGGAGCGGCCACUCAAAAUCUACCUAGAGCGGCGGCCGCAGUUUGUUGUCGAAGCUGAUGUGGACUGAGCGAAUAGGCUACUUUACUAAAUCGUAUUUUUACUCCUUUUGCUUGAUUUCACUCAUCUCCAUACCAUAUAUCGUCCGAGUGUAACCGCAGGCCUAUAUCGAAUGUGAGUGUGAACGGCCUAUUCAGUUUGACGCUUCCGUUUAUCUUCUGUUGUAAAUCAGGAUUUUCUACUUUUAUAUACUGUAACAUCGUUUGUUGUAGUAUGAGCCAGUAAUUAUUUUAUUUAUUUGUAAAUAUUUAUGUUAUUCGAUAUUUAAUGAGUGAUUCAGACUGGAACCGGAAACCAAACUGUUAAGAUUUUUUAAAUGGUUUCAUUGUUUUACUACUAUUAUAUUAUAUACAAGUUAACUUACGAUGUAAUUUUAACUUUCUUAGUUGACAGUUCUGUGUACUUAAAAUUAUUUAUGAGUUUCAAAAACUCUACUAUUUAUACCUCAACUGUUCCUUGUUGAGUGUUUGUGUUGUAGAAAGACUUUUUACAAAAACACAUUGUUUAAUACAAAAUAAUAUUAUUAAGUUUAUCGUGUUCCUCAACAAAAAUAAUCUCCUGUGUGCAAUUACAUCGCAAGUGGUUGUUUUUAGGUUAAAUUAUGUAACCAUACUUUUCUUUACAGAUCAAGCAUUUUGUUUUUACAGUCGAUUUUUGGUGCAUUUCAGUAAGAUAAUUUACUUCAAAAAUCAUAAGGCUUUGUUUUUCUAUGAUUCUUAGAUGUUUGAUUAAAUUCUAAAAUGCUUUUGUGAUGCCAGACGAGUUUUAGUCAAUGUUUAUUUUGUUUUGUAAUUACAUUGGUUGUUGAAGAAAUGUUUGUUGUGUGCGAGUCAGUUUUAUAGGUGAAUCAUCCAUUGUACAUUUCACAGCAUCGUAAAUAAUCAACAGUAUUUUGUAGUUUACAUUUCCUAUAGUAUGUCCAAGGGGCUAAGAUACCACACUAUUUAUCAUUACUUCAUUAUCCAUAAAAUUUUACACAUUUUACCUUCUUUAAAUUUUUAUUGAUUAAUUGUCAUAGGUUUCUUUUUAUAGAAGGCGGAAUAUUUCAAAAUGUUAUUGAAAAAUAAUUUAUCAAAAUUUAUAAUAAUCCAUAUAGUUUUUAAUCAUGUAUUUUUGGAGUUUAGAUACUUCAAUAUCAAACCCAUUGUGGUACAUGUUUGACUAAUAGAGACAAUUGAAAAAAUCUCCAAAUUAAAAAGUUAAAUAUGUUUCUUUCACAUUCCUCCGAAAUGUUUGAUGAUUGCACUAAAGAGAGGUGAUGUAAUGAGUUUCAGGCUAGCAAUAUAAAAAUAUUAUUUAAAACGGUGCAGAUUUUAUUGGUUUAAAAUGUUAAAAUGUAUUAGGUUUUAGAGACCUGUGGUAAUAUUAUUCUGCCAUAUUGAUAAUGGACCAUUUCUUGACUUAAACUAGCUUUCAACUUGAACUUCCAUUUAUGUUAGGUGAUAUAUUAUCGAUUUCCUAAAGUGACAAUACUACCCGUGAGUGUGCUGUUAUUUUGUUUUGAGUUAGUAGGUUGUGGUAUCCGCCCUAGUUACCAAACUGCUCUCACCGUGUAUCAUACACUUAUCAUAUGUAUAUAAUCAAUCGUACAAAAGCAGUGUUGUAUGCCUUACGGAUUAUAUUUACGUUCUGUUGCGGUCGUGGUGCUUUAUGGUAAAUACGUCUCAAGGUAUUUUCUAAUAUGAACAUUUUGUAACAUAUCUGAGCGGGCGGUGACUACCGCAUGCCCUUUGUCCGAGGCAAAGGAUUAAAAUAUUUAUAUUUUAUAUACAAAUUAGUGUUAUUGUAAAUAUCGGUAAGUUGAUCAAAACGACAUGGCAAGAUGAUUGUUGUUGAGUUUGUAUCAAUUGUAAAAUUUAAUUUAAAACUGAUUCUGAUACUGCAACUACAACAUGUAAAAUAGUAAUGCAUUUUGAAAAACUUUUUGCAGUUUCAAUAAAAAAAAUAUUAUUAUUAUAUAUUAAUUUUUCAUAACCUUGCAACAUUCAUAGUGUAUUAGUUAGUAAAACUGGUUAAUACGCAUGUUUUCACUUUAAGUCUGUCUUGGCCAUUCAAAUAUAUUUGUAAGAGUCAUUUGCUUUUGUUUUACCGAAUUUCCCAGGAAAUAAGCUAUUGUAAGCUUAUUGUUGUUGUUUAAAAAAUUAAAUUAUUGUAGUAUGCUUGAAUUAUAUAGAGAAAUUGUUACUAAAUUUGUCAAAUUAAAUUAUUUUAUACUAAGUUAUUAUUAACCUUUUACUGAAAAUACACACUUUAUUUUCUUCCUUUUAGCAGCCAACCUAAGUACUCUCUCUAAUAGGUAUCUAAUGUUAGGUAUUCAAAUAGCGAAUAAAUCUGACAUUAUUGAAUGCUGCAGCAUUUAUAAACUGUUUUCAGUUUUUAUAAUUUUUGUAAAAACUGAUUUUCUUCAUUCCCAACUAAGUUUAUCUUGUCAUGUCGUGUACGUACGGCUAAGUUCCAGUGGCGUAAGAUGCAAUGUUAACGUUAAUGCCUCGUUAACCUGUUUAUUGUGGUUUUCUGCAAAUAAACAUGCUAUUCAGUA